CACCAAGCAGGCCCAUGCGCCCACGUUCGGGACGCGGUUUGGCGAAUUCCGCUAUAUAAAAACCACCUGACCUGACGCCCGCCAAAUCACCCAAACCCCAGCGCCUCAAACAAAGCCCCGCUGCGCGUGCCCCGAUCGCCGCGAGGAACCAGCGAGAGACCCCGGAGCCAGAGGAGGAGGAGGAGGAGAUGAGCUACUACAACCAGCAGCCACCCGUCGGCGCCCCGCCGCCGCAAGGGUACGGGGACAAGGGCGGCUACCCGCCGCCGGGGUACCCUCCGGCCGGCUACCCGCCCCCGGCGCAGGGCUACCCGCCAGCCGGCUACCCCCAGCAGGGCUACCCGCCGCAGUACGCGCAGCAGCCGCCGCCCCACCAGCAGCAGCAGCAGAGCAGCGGGCCUUCCUUCAUGGAGGGAUGCCUGGCCGCCCUUUGCUGCUGCUGUCUCCUGGACGCCUGCUUCUGAGGAGGGAGGGAGGGAGGAAGACGACGAUCAACUUCGUGCAACUGGGACUGAGCUAUCCUUCUCUGACGGAGAAAUGCUGCUAGUAGCUUAAUUAUUAUUUCUCGUCGGGCAUUAUCGCCUCCUUUGUUUGAUCCAUGUUUAUGAACCUCUCUGCAUUGCAACUAUUCGCUUGGUUGUCGACUGAUGAUUAUGUUAUGCCUGGUGCCUUCCGUGUGUAUACUGUGUCGGUUUAUCCGUCUCUGGUGGUGGAAUUCAACUCGCGUCUCGCGGUUGUGGUGUUCAAA